GACUACAUCAUCGGAAACGGAGGUAUUCAACGUCUCGAGCAGUGUUUGCGACUAAGUGAAGAAGAGAUUACACUAUCUGUUGUUACGACUCUUAUGUAUUUGUACACUCCGGAAAUAAAGACAGGUUGAUUAAAUGAUGAGAGUACCAAUUCAAUAUAUGCGUUUUUUUUCUACGUCGUCAUACAAACCCAAAUUGGAACUGCUUAGUCACCGAUGUUUAUUAAAAAUGAAAGGCCAAGGACUCCUCGAUUAUUGCCAGAGACUUAUGACCAAUGAUAUAUUUCGUCUUAAUACGGAAAAGUGUCUUUACACAACCUUGUUGAACUCCAAAGGCCGAGUAAUGUACGACUGUUUAUUGUACAAAGUUGAGGAUCACUUGCUAAUCGAGUGUGACAAAGUGGCAGCAAGUAGUUUGUGCAAACAUUUAAAAACUUAUGCGUUAAGAAAAAAGAUUGAAAUUGAUAUUGUCGACGAUGCCAGUAUUUGGGUUUUAUUUAGCCCAUCGCCUGUAAACGUGGUGGAUAAUUCUACAAGUGUUUUUGACGAUCCACGUUUGCCAAUUUUAGGUCAAAGAAUAUUAUCUGACAACAUUUCUCACAUAAAAGAACAAAUUGUGUUGGACGAGGGUGAAAACAAAUGUUCUUAUAAAAAAUGGAGAUAUUCCAAUGGAGUAGCUGAAGGUGUAGAAUUAUUAAGUAGCCAAUCAUUUCCAUUGGAAAUGAACUGUGAUUAUUUAAACGGAAUAAGUUUUCAUAAGGGUUGCUACAUUGGUCAAGAGCUAACGGCCAGGACACAUCAUACGGGCGUGAUAAGGAAAAGAAUCAUGCCAAUCAUAUUUGAUAAAGAAAUACCUUCGGCGUUGGAGUUGAAUGCUGAUAUUUACGAUAAAGAUAAUCCUGAUGCUAAGAGACCAUUGGGCAAAUUAAGGGGGCUGUGCGAUAAUGUUGGCAUAGCGAAUUUGAGGAUUGAUGAGUGUUUAAAAGCCAAGAAUUUAGUAGUCGGCGGAUACAGUUUUAAAACCUUUAUACCGAAUUGGUGGAAACAUUAAAAUGAGUUUUAAUUCAUCAAUCUUAAAAUUCAUGUUAGAUACAUAUUUAGAUAAUGUUACAUAACAUUUUGCUAUAGUUUCAAUUUAUUGAUUAAAAUUUCUGUGAUACAUUCAGUUAGUGUAUUUUUAAUGCCGUUUAUGUUUUGAUGUAUUAAAAUAAUAUCUGCCUAUUUUAACAAUGUUGUAUACUAUUAUGAAAUAUAAGUGAAAAAAUAUGUAUUUAUAUUAUUACUUUGAUGGCCGCUCGAAACAAAUUUAUCCUAAACUGACCAAAAAAUAGAUUUAAAUUGUUUGGCUCUUUAGAAGGAAGAAUAUCUAAAACCACUCACCUUCAUAUUUGACGAAAUAAGAUAAAAUUUAUUUAAUAUUUUUUUUAUUUAAAUGAAAAUUAUUAUCAGUUUGUCUUCUUUUUAUUAUUUCAAAUAACAUUUUUUAUAAUUAUUAUAGAUUAUCUAAAUUUUAUUCAAUAUACAUUUAAUAACUUUAAAUGUUCAAGUACAUCAAUUUAAUUUUUAGAAGAUAUUGAUUGAGUUUUUAAUAUUAAUAAUAGUUAUAAAAAAAAAUGUUGCGUUGAAAAUAGGCUUACUAAUACUAUGAGGCAUAAUCAACAAAUCCCAUACAUUUUUUUUUCAAAUUGUAAAUUAUAUACAUUUUAUUUCAAGUAAACCUGGUCAUUAUUUAAUUAAGUAACAAUUCAAAUAAAUAUUUAA